AUGGGGAGAUCACCUUGUUGCGAUGAGAAUGGGCUAAAGAAAGGGCCAUGGACACAAGAAGAGGACGAGAAACUGAUCUAUCACAUUCAAAAACACGGGCAUGGAAGCUGGAGAGCUCUUCCUAAGCAAGCAGGUUUAAAUCGAUGUGGUAAGAGUUGUAGAUUGAGAUGGACCAACUAUUUGAGACCUGAUAUCAAGAGGGGAAAUUUCACUGAAGAGGAAGAAGAAACCAUCAUCAACCUCCAUUCGCUUCUUGGAAACAAGUGGUCGUCGAUAGCCAGUAAUCUUCCUGGAAGAACGGACAAUGAAAUCAAAAACUAUUGGAACACACAUUUGAGAAAGAAACUUCUUCAAAUGGGGAUUGAUCCGGUGACACAUAGGCCUCGAACCGACCAUCUAAACGUGUUAGCCGCUCUCCCACAACUUAUCGCCGCCGCAAAUUUCAACAACCUCAUGAAUCUCAAUCAAAAUGUGCAACUGGAUGCAACAACUAUUGCCAAAGCCCAAAUAUUACACAAUAUGAUUCAAGUCCUUAGCACCAAUAACAACAACAUGCCAUGUUAUUCUCCAUUAACCAUGCAGACCAAUAACAAUCUCUUCGGCCAGUCUUCUUACUUAGAGAACCAAAGUCUUUUUGGUCAACCUCAAAGCGUCUCUCACUUUCUUGGGCCUAACCACGACGAGAAAAUGAUGGUAGAAAACCAAAUAGUUGACCAGCCUUUGGAUUCUUUUCAUUCCCUGAUGCAAAUGGAUGUUCAAGAUAAUCAUAACUCGCUCCCUCUAUUGGUUGCGGCAUCUCCUGAGGAAACUAAACAAAGCCAGAUGAUGAUCAAGAACAAAGACAUCGUUCGUCGUCAUGAUACUUCUAACCCUUCAUCAUCAAACUCGUCGUUCACACAAGAUCACCAUCAGCCAUGGUGUGACACUAUUGAUGAUGAAGUAGGUGAUUCUUAUUGGAAGGAAAUCAUAGAGCAAACGUGUUCGGAAUCAUGGCCGUUUCCUGAAUAGUCAAGACUGAGAAAAAGAAAAAAAUAUUUUAUAAUUUUCGUUUGUUGUCGAU